ACUGUUGACAAAAAAGAGAUAAGAGCAGGCGCUCUGAAUGUUUAAAUGAAUAAAGCCUUGUCCAGAACUUCAUGGAAUUAAUGUGAGUAAAAGGUUAUGUUGAAUAAACCAUAUAAUUGAUUUUUUUCAACCGUGAAAGUUGCAGACAUAGUUUAGGUUUUAUAAGUUAGCGAGCAUGAGUACAUUCAGACUGCAGCAGCUAAAAGGUCAUAUUUCUCCUGAAAAUAAGGCUGAAAAACUGUGUCUUUAAGGAUUUAACUCUGUCUUCCACGCUGCAUGUGCACAGAGUGUCUAAAAUACAAUGUGGGCAGACAUCCUAGACUGGCUUUGUGAUUGUCUGAAAAUCACAACAAUGGCCAGCUUAGAGAGUCCGCUGACCACUCAUGUGCUGAAUGUCGCAAUGGGAGUCCCGGCAUCAAAUGUGACUCUCAGACUUUAUCGACAAGAUCCUUCCUCAAAAACCUGGCAGCUAUUAAAUACUGGGAUCACUAAUGCUGACGGGAGAUAUCCUGGUCUCAUCACCAAAGAGCUAUUCACAGCUGGUGUGUACAAACUGCAUUUUGAGACUGCUCAGUACUGGGCAAGUCUGGGAGACACUUCAUUUUACCCUUAUGUCGAGAUUGUCUUCACCAUAAAUGACCCAGGACAAAAGUACCAUGUCCCGCUGCUUCUGAGUCGUUUCUCGUACAGCACCUACAGGGGGAGCUAGAGAUCAACGCUGUGUGACAUCAGGAUCACCGGAGUGGGCAUCUCUGGAAAUUCAUGGAAGUGCCAACCAUUGAAAGAACUUCACCGACUUUUUGUCAAUGAAGUUAUGCAGCAUUUUGAAUGAUUCAAGAUAGAAUAUCCAAUAAUUUUCAAUAAAACAGAGUUUUAAACUGUUCACUA